AUGGGGGAUCGGUGUCCCGAUGCCGGUGAGCAGCUUGUUGAGGCUACAGAAAAGAUUGCGGAAACACUUUCGUCUUAUUUUAGCCUUAAAUUAAACAAAUCGUGCUCAAAGUUGAAAAAUAUUGACCCAGAAUGGUUUGACAGUAUGUUAACGGGGAUCAUUAACGAAUUCAGACUUAAAUCUACGUCAGAAAUCAAGGAUCUAAUUGAGCUCAUGGAAGUGUCUAAAAGAGCAGCAAUAAUUCAUGAGGCCAACACAAAAUGUAUAGUUAAGCGCCCAUGGCGACCGUCUGGAAAUCCUGAGAGGGAUACAAACGCUCACAUUUAUGAAAUGGAAAAAGAAUAUCACAAAAUGAUCUCUUCUGAAACGCAGAAUCGUUAUCGUUCGCUAAAGGCUAAAAUUUCUGAGCUAAGGUCCUCUCGACGCACAAAAAUCAGGUCUCUUGAAUCGCUUGAGGAAAUUGCAGCACUGUUUGAGGAUGUUUGA